CAAAUUCUUAAACAGACCGGCUUCAUGGUCGUGGACAUGGACAUGAAGGUUUCUGGAAGUAGUAGUUCGUCCUGUCCUCCUAGGUGGUGGUCAGAGAAGACGGUGGUGGUGGUGACCGGAGCGAACAAGGGCAUCGGCUUGGCGCUCGUCAAGAGACUAGCAGAGCUGGGACUCACGGUGGUGCUCACCUCGAGAGACGUCGGUCGAGGAAAGGCGGCAGCUGAGUCGCUCCGAGCCCAGGGAAUGCUCGUGGAGUUCUCUCAACUGGAUGUCAGUGACCCCUCUUCUAUCCACGCCUUUGUUGCUUGGUUGAAGUGCAGAUUUGGAGGCUUGGACAUUCUUGUAAACAACGCGGGAGUUUCAUUCAAUGAUGUGUAUAGCAACUCGAUUGAGCAUGCCCAAACUGUAAUCGACACCAACUUUUACGGAGCUAAGCGGCUGACAGAAGCGCUGUUGCCGGUGUUCCGGCGAUCGGCCACCGUUAGCCGAAUACUCAACAUUAGCUCUCAACUUGGCCUCCUAAAUAAGGUGAGGAAUUUGGGCGUGAAGAAAUUACUCGAGGACGAAGGAGCAUUGACAGUGGCGGCGAUCGACGGCGUGGUGUCGCAGUUUCUCCGGCAUGUUAAAAUGGGGACGUGGGAAGAAGAAGGGUGGCCGAAGGUGUGGACGGACUACGCCGUGUCUAAGCUCGCGCUGAACGCGUACUCGAGUGUUUUGGCGAGGCAGGAGGAGGGACGAGGUCUGAGCGUGAACUGCUUCUGCCCGGGGUUCACCAGGACGGCCAUGACGGGAGGCCAGGGCCAGCACUCUGCCGAGGAGGCGGCUGAGGUCGCCGCCAGGCUGGCGUUGAUUCCCCCUCGUAAGCUGCUCACCGGGAAAUUCUUCAAGUGGUCCAAACCUUUUAUGUACUCCAUGUUGUAGUAGUCCUCAAACGAACACAUGGUGUGGGGUUGGGGGCGCUAAAUAAAUUAAGGUCCUCAUCACAGUUUAUAAUUUGCAUUCAUGUAGCUUUGUUGUCCUCUCGGAUGAAUCUAGUGACUAGUACAUGAGGUGUUAUCACAAGG